UUCCGAGAAACGAAGGGGUGUCUCAAUCUAUGAUUUUAACAUCCUCCCAUUAUUACUUGAAUUAAUCAAUUAGAGAGAUAGGGUGAGCCUAUUCCCCUAGCAUGAUUCUGCCAAUUUUCCUAAUCUGUUGUGAUAUUAUCUAGAAAUAUAAUACCACCACUGUCGAGCCAUUUCGGUCAUUUUCCUAUUAUUGUAAUUUGUAAUAUCCUGUGCUGCUCUGAAAUUUACUGGAGUUUUGGUGUUUUUAUAUAUGCAUAUUAUGACUGCUUAAAAGCAGUGAAUUCUGAAUAAAUCUUCGACAUGUUUGAUAGCGCAGAAAGAAGCUUGCUUUGCUGGGAUGAAGAAUCACUGACCCACAUUCGCAACCUUAAAUAAGAUAACGUAUGCACAAACGGCCCUCGUAUUUACCACAAUCUGGCCAUAUAUGGGUAUUUAUGUCACAAUAGAGAAAAAUCAAUGAGAAAAUACAGAAAGCGUCCUUUCUAAAAUUAUCUUAUAUCUAUUAUUAGUUUCCUAAUCCUAGAUUUGAUGUCGUGUUUGCACUAACUAGCGUAAUGCAAGUUCAUUGAUUUUCUAUGCCCUUGUAGAAACCCCCAACAUGGUCAGAUCGAGGUUUUGUCGAAGUUUUAUAUAUGUUUUGAUCUAUUUUUACUCUGCUUUGAGAAUAUCUGCGUCAGCCGCAAUAUUGACGUUUAGAUUUAGUAGUGCAGUCUAGAUUGACGACACGACCAUGAAAUCUGCCAUGCGGGUUUCACGAAAUCCACCAAUCAAAAAGUCCGUUACAACUUGAACAAUUACUAGGAAUGUACAUUCAAAUAGGGUGACGUAAACCGUGAUGCUGUGUGACGUCACGCGUAUUCUCAUAGACAUAUUCGAUGAUGUUGAAAUAUAUACACGUGAUGGCAAACUAUUACUCGAUGUUGAAGUCUAGUUGAGAUGGUGUAACAUGCAUGGAAUAUAGCACAGAGAUUUACUUGGACUGGAACAUUUUAAUGCAAUCUGGCGUUUAAUAUUGAAUUUUAUGAUUCUUCAAAACAAGCAUUUUUGCAGCAUCAGGAUACGGAUUUAAACAAAUUGGAAGCUGAUAACCAGUCGACCUCAGUUGAUCUUAGUCUCUCGACGCAGAAACCUGAAGAUCAAAAGACAUCCCCAAUGCUGCUUUUGCAAUCACAGUCCUCUUACAACCCUGGGACAGGAUUUCAGUCGGAUCCUAGUUGUAUAUAUCCCUCUUGCGGAACUCAGGCACCGGGCAUGUUCCAUUCCCCGAAUAUUGGAAACAAUAUUCCAGACUUUGCAGACAAUUUUUUUCAAAGCGAAGAGGCAACAUCUAUGACAAUGGCAAGCCAGUACAGCAGUGGCUCUUGCGAAUUCCAACAAAACUCUCAUGGAAUGUUUGAAUCUCCAUUUACUUAUGAUACUUCUUUAAUGGACAAGCAACAGAUGAAACCUUCAGUUCCUUUUGGAGAGAAUACAAGAUGCAGUACUGUUUCGCAUCAAAAAGUCGAAGAACCGGUGUUUGCCUACGAAGGCACUUUCCAGAGUUUCCCUGCUAUGGAUUCUCACUAUCAACAACAAUUACUCAAUCAAAGCACGAAGCCUUUUGUGCGCUCCGGUUUGUUUUCACCCCAUCAAAAUAUAUUCCCAGAGAGUCAUACGGAUUAUACAAAUUUGGACAAAAAAGUGGCCGCAUAUUCCUCAAUACAAGCCUACACUGGCAAUCCAAAUCUUUGUUCCCGCGGAGAUACUACAUUCCACAACUACGACAGUCACCCUCCGUUCCCCGGGAAUAACUUACCUCAGUCUGAUAUAUGCUAUCCCUGCCGUGAUGUUCCAUAUCGCAACUCAUACGGAGUGGACCACAGUUCUCUACAAAUCCAGAGGCAAAUGUCUCACCAUGGGCAACUAAAUCUCACACUUCCACCACCAAGAACUAACGAUGGAUUGAAAUAUCACAUGGGAUCCCCCACUACCACAUCACCCACAUCUGUCUCAGCAAGAUCGUCUCCUAGCAGUGGUCAUGAGGCACCACAGCGCGAGGGCAUGCUUUGUGCCGUGUGUGGCGACAAUGCCGCCUGCCAACACUAUGGAGUCAGAACCUGCGAGGGCUGCAAGGGAUUCUUCAAGAGAACUGUUCAGAAAAACGCAAAGUACGUUUGCUUAGCUGACAAAAAUUGUCCAGUCGAUAAGCGCAGGCGAAACCGGUGUCAAUUCUGUAGAUUUCAGAAAUGUUUAUCCGUGGGAAUGGUGAAAGAAGUUGUUCGCACGGACAGUCUUAAAGGACGUCGAGGUAGACUUCCUUCAAAACCAAAGAGCCCCCAGGAAUCCUCUCCAUCUCCUCCAGUCAGUCUCAUUACAUUGCUAGUGCGAGCACAUCUAGAUUCUAGUCCUGAUAAAUCAAGUCAUUGUUACUCAAAGUAUGAAGUGCCUUGCACAAAAAGCGAGGGAUGCAAUGAGAAGACGACACAAAUGUUUUAUGACCUCAUAACUUCGUCUGUCAACAUCAUCAAGGCUUGGUCUACCAAAAUUCCCGGUUUUUCUGAUAUCUGCCAAGAAGAUCAGAAUUUACUUUUUAAAUCUGCGUCUCUUGAGCUCUUUGUGCUGAGGCUAUCUUACAGGAUGCAGGGAAAUACUGACAAUGUCAUCUUUGAAGAUGGCACAGUUCUUCAUCGAAAACAGUGUGAAGAAAUCUUUGGAGAUUGGAUUAAUUCCAUCGCUGACUUCAGCACGUCGCUAUAUAGAAUGUCCUUGGACAUCUCGGCACUAUCCUGCAUGGAAGCCCUUACACUCGUAACUUUGAGACACGGAUUGAAAAAUCAAGCCAAGAUGGAAGAGGUCCAGAUGAAAAUCAUCGACAGUCUGCGAGACCACUGUGUUUAUAACAGCGAGGCACAAAAGAAGCCCAACUACUUCUCCUCCAUACUGGGAAAAGUCGCUGAACUGAGAACUCUUAGCCGCCAGGGGAUUCAACGAAUGGAGUUACUUAAAAUGGACACAACUGAAGUUGCCCCAGCUCCUCACAUGAUAGAGGACAUCUUUUUGUCCAAUGAACUGCCAUUUUAAUGUAGUGAUCGGUUGAUGUUACAAAACUCCUUUACUUUAUUGUAGGUGAUACAGUUGUGUGUUCUAUGAUUUCUUUUGAAGUCUUAUGUAUUUAUUAUUAUAUUUCUUUAUGAAAAAAGUUUUUAUCUAUUUGCAUAUCUGCAUUUCAUAGUGCUCAGAGUUCUUUUUAUGUCCAUCAUGAAGCCUCUUUGUCCAUAGAAUAAAAAUACAAUGUAGAAACUUUUUUUCAGAAUUUUUUACUCAAAGUUGUUCUUCAUGGAAAAUGUUGUCCGUGAUGUUGUUGUUACCAGAUGUGCUUUUAAAAGGAACAAUGCAUUUAAGUGUAAAUUUAUAUCGGUACAUCUCCCUUUUUUCUCGGUAGUUUAAUGUGAAAACCAUCUACUCCCUUUUUCCUCAUGUAGUUUGUGAUCUCGUAACGUGUAUUAUACUGAAAUUUUGUAAAUGUUGUUCAGAGUUUUAUUUGAGUUCUUGUGAUCAGAGUCACUUUAAACUUAUUGAAUUAUCAAUUUCAUUGUUUAGAUAUUGUAAUAUUUGAUAUUAUUUUAUCAUCAUGUAUUGUAAUUUGCAUGGCAAUCAUUCCAUUAAUAUAUAUUAUUUCUAUAAUAACAUGUGUUAACUAUGAAAUACUAAACGUUUCAGUAUUUUUCUGCUUAUUUUCAGCAUAAUAACACACAAAAUGGCAUAUUUAGUUUUAACAGAGUUCACUCUCAUCAUGCUAUCAAUCAUUAAACAAGGUUUUAUAUGUUGUCAAAUCAGUGUCCGUUGUCUUGAUUCCAGAGAACAGAUAACUGUUGUAUUGCAUUAAACUAUUUCAUUGAACACAGAUUUUCAAUUUAAUGUAUUUAUUUUUGUAUUUAAAAAUUCAUAUUACUUUCGCUGAUUUUUGGAUUUUUUUUUUCCUGCAUUGAACCCUGAACAUAACAAUUUAUUCUUUUCUAGCUAUCCAUGUCGAAUGUUAAUGCUUGCAAGUAUUUUAUAUUUCGUCAAAUAUCUCAUACUUUUGACACAAUCGUACAUGUAUGAUUUGCACAUAAAUGUAAAACUUUGAUAAUUAAGUAGUUUAAUGUACAUUCAGAGAUUCAUCGAUAAAAAAGUUAUGUGUAAAUGUGUAUUUUAAGUUUCCACAUCAUUGUGUUGUAUCAAAGUGCCAUAUGUAAGUGAGUCGCUUAAACGAAGGUUCCCAUUCCGAAAUUUGUUUAAAUAGAGCAGAUGAUGUAUUCGUACAUCCAUUUAGAAAACAUGUUUUACGGUUUCAUAUUGUUACUUUUAAUUGAAUAAAUUUAUGAAAACAAAA